UCAAAACUUCAGAACCGAAAAGCGCUGGUCUAGGAGAGGAAAAGACAGGCUCCGCUGAUGAAACCACACAGUCAACACUGUUCUAUGCGCUGCAGUUCUAAUCAGCAUAUUGUUUCUUUGGAAAUAAGAUGAUCCAACCACGUUUCGUGUGUGUAAAUUUGAAGAAGCCUGCAGGUGACAGUUUGGGAAAGUUUUAAGAAAAAAAGACAACGCAAAAAGUGUAUUUUUUUUAGUUCUGGGAGUACUGUUGAAGUGUGAAUUGUGGCAUACUGACUUUCUCAACAGUUAAAAUUGGAACAACUGGACUGGAUAUACGCUGAAUAACCUGGACAACUGUUUUCCUGUGUUGAGGUCGAUUUUAGUCCCCGGAAGCUGACGGUCUAUAUAGUAAUCCCAGUAAAAAGGUUGACGUGAUGGAAGAACAGUGCUACUACAACGAAACAAUCGCUUUCUUUUACAACCGCAGUGGGAAAUACCUAGCCACAGAAUGGAAUGCAGUCAGCAAACUUGUGAUGGGACUGGGCAUCACUGUGUGUAUCUUUAUAAUGCUGGCCAACUUACUGGUCAUGGUGGCCAUCUAUGUAAACCGACGCUUCCACUUCCCUAUUUAUUAUCUCAUGGCCAACCUGGCGGCUGCGGACUUCUUCGCUGGUCUGGCCUACUUUUACCUGAUGUUCAACACGGGUCCAAACACCAGGAGGUUGACUGUAAGCACGUGGCUCCUGCGCCAGGGUCUCAUUGACACUAGCCUCACUGCAUCGGUAGCGAACUUGCUGGCCAUUGCCAUUGAGAGGCACAUCACAGUCUUCCGCAUGCAGCUGCAUACCCGCAUGAGCAACCACCGGGUUGUAAUCGUGAUUGUAGUCAUCUGGACCAUGUCUAUCGUCAUGGGUGCCAUACCCAGUGUGGGCUGGAACUGCAUCUGUAGCAUCUCUUCCUGCUCCAACAUGGCACCGCUGUACAGCAACUCCUACCUGGUCUUCUGGGCCAUCUUCAACCUGGUCACCUUUGUGGUUAUGGUGGUCUUAUAUGCCCACAUAUUUGUCUAUGUGCGCCAGAGAACCAUGAGGAUGUCUCGUCACAGCUCUGGGCCACGCCGCAACCGGGACACCAUGAUGAGCCUUUUGAAGACUGUGGUGAUCGUGCUAGGCGCCUUUAUCAUCUGUUGGACUCCUGGUUUGGUUUUGCUGCUGCUGGAUGUGUUCUGUGCUAAAUGCAACAUUCUGGAUUAUGAGAAGUUCUUCCUCCUUCUUGCCGAGUUCAACUCAGCUAUGAACCCCAUCAUCUACUCCUAUAGGGACAAGGAGAUGAGUGCCACCUUUAAGCAGAUUCUAUGCUGCCAACGCCAGGAGAAGGUGAAUGGGACAGCUGAAGGCUCAGACCGAUCAGCCUCAUCUGUCAACCAUACCAUUCUGGCAGGAGUGCAGAGCAAUGAUCACUCUGUUGUGUAAACAGAGCCCAGUUCAUGGGAGAUAAGUAGACAGAGAGGGCAUAUCAACAUUGAACAAAUUCUAAGACACCAAUUAUCAAGAAGAAACACCACAUACUUUGACAUUCCAAAAGUCUACUUUCCCCCCCCCUAAUGCCUUACCUUCUGCAGCUUGGCUUAAGAACUGCAGUGUUCAAAGACAAUAAUUGCCACUGAAGUUCUGAUAUGCAACACUGCUAUUGCCUAACGCUAAUUGGUGUCCAACUUCCUUUUAAGCUUAUACCAGCUAACCUGCAUUUACAUGUAGAAUUGUUAUGCUUAUUAAAUAAAUAAAUACAAGUAAAUAAGAACACAUCAUGUUAUAAACAUUUAUAUCUACACCAUCAGCAUGUUUGUGAUGGUUACUAUGGAUACUUUCUGAAUAGUAUAUAUUAUGUUUUUGUUUGCUUUUAGCUACACUGUCAAUACCGCUAAAGAUAUAUUUUUCUAUUAAGCGAAGAUGACAAGAUGUAAUUUGUGUUUUUUCUUUGUUUAAAAAUGUGUUUGAAAUUAAUGUAUUUUGUACUUUAUAUAUAAAUCUAUGUCUGUUUAACAAAAAAGGGAAACUUUUCUAUGAAGAAAAAAGUAAAUGAAGAACCGUGACUGUAUAAAUAUUUGUUUAUGUUAUGUAAUUAAACAGAAACUGUUUUCUCAUCAUAUUUUUAUGUCAUUUUUCCCAUCAAAAUAAGCCUUAGGGCACCACUAAUAGGAAUUAGGUUUCUUUUAAACCUACUGAAUUAUAACAAUGUAAUAGGAAAAUUAAAUGUCUCAAUUUUCUGCCCAUGAAUUUCUGGAUUAAUUUUCUCAUAGUUUUCUUAUAUAGAUGUGUCUUAUAUAUUGAAUGCCUCUCAUUGAGGGGGAAGUCUACAUAAUUGUCCCACUGUAGCAAGUACCAUCCACUUCUGAGCACAUUCAAAUGAGCACUGUAAGGCUGGCCUGACUGGGAGGAAAUAGCUGGCACCCUUGCUGUGUACUUUAAUGUGUGCAGGCCUUGUUCUUAACUGGUACAAAUACAAGACUAGUUCACAGUAAGGUUAAUUAAUGACAUGUCUCUCUUUCUAUGUAAACUUGUCUUUAGAUAACAAAGAUGUCAG